GUGUGUGUGUGUGUGUGUGUGCACAGCUGUCAUGUGACGAGGAGUCACAUGGUAAGGGAGAGUUUCAGGUCCAACUUGUACAAGACGAACAGGAAACAAACCCAUUGACUGUGCUGAUGUCUCACCAAAAUACCAGAUUAGAUUACACAGUCAUGUUCCUGUCUUGAGCCUAUCGGCUUUCCCAGCGGCCUUUAAAACAUAUGUCACCGGCGCUUUGAUUUUAUGAUGUUUAUUUAUUUAUUCAAGGAUGUAAUAAAUCAAUCACUUGAUUUUGGAUAGGAAGUGACCCCCGGUCAAACACGCAGGAAGUCCAGAACUCCCUCGGGUCACUCCCUCGUUCCCACAGGACUUCUACACGGUUUGAAAUACCAACUCAAUAUAUAUCCGCCCUCUUUUCUGUGCAGUCAAUCCAUCGCAAGCUCAGCCCAAUCCAAACCAAUCACAGGUUUCACAUUAAAGUACCUGCAUUGAAAGAUAACAUCAUGUGAUCAGAUUAUUGCUGCCAGUGCUUGAGUUUGCCAAUCAUUAGCCUCGUGCCGACACCUUGACCAAUGAGGAGCGGCGACCGUGACUUCUAAGUAAAGCCCUUUCGCAAGUACCGGGAGGUUGGGCCAGUUUACUUGAUAUUGUUUUGGCUCGUUGCACACAGUUUGUUUGUGUCUCGUUGUUCAGAGAAUGAGACAUGGAUUGGGAAAUCUGGAGCAAGAAUCUGGACAAGGAGGAUUUGGUCGUAAACGAGGCCGCUGUUGGGGGCUAUGAGGAGCACAGUCCGGGCAGGGGGAUGAAUGGGGCGGGGGGCCCCACUGCCAUGAUGGACCCUCUGGAGGACCCCGUCCCCGGGGUGGGCACCUACGAGGACUUCAACACCAUCGACUGGGUCCGGGAGAAGAGCAAGGACCGAGACCGCCACAGAGAGAUCACCAGUAAGAGUAAGGAGUCGAUGGGAGCCCUGCUCCACAGGAUCAGCGAUGCCUUCUCGGGGUGGCUGCUGAUGCUGCUGGUGGGACUCAUGUCAGGCGCCCUGGCAGGAGGGAUCGAUAUCUCGGCCCACUGGCUGACGGACAUGAAGGAGGGCGUGUGCCUGAACGGCUUCUGGUUCAACCACGAGCACUGCUGCUGGACCUCCAACGAGCCCACCUUCAAGGAGCGCGACAAGUGCCCCGACUGGAAGAGCUGGGCGGAGCUCAUCGUGGGGACCGGCGAGGGAGGCUUUGCCUACGUGGUGAACUACAUGAUGUUCAUGUUCUGGGCGUUGCUCUUCUCCUUCCUGGCCGUCACCCUGGUCAAGUCCUUCGCCCCCUACGCCUGUGGCUCUGGAAUACCAGAGAUCAAGACCAUCCUGAGCGGCUUCAUCAUCCGCGGCUACCUGGGCAAGUGGACCCUGAUCGUGAAGACCAUCACCCUGGUGCUGGCCGUCUCCUCGGGCCUCAGCCUGGGCAAGGAGGGCCCGCUGGUGCACGUGGCCUGCUGCUGCGCCAACAUCCUCUGCCACCUGUUCACCAAGUACCGCAAGAACGAGGCCAAGAGGAGAGAGGUGCUGUCGGCGGCGGCGGCGGUGGGCGUGUCCGUGGCCUUCGGCGCGCCAAUAGGAGGAGUCCUCUUCAGCCUGGAGGAGGUGAGCUACUACUUCCCGCUGAAGACGCUGUGGCGCUCGUUCUUCGCGGCGCUGGUGGCGGCCUUCACGCUGCGCUCCAUCAACCCCUUCGGGAACAGCCGCCUGGUGCUGUUCUACGUGGAGUUCCACGCGCCCUGGCACCUGCUGGAGCUGGGGCCCUUCAUCCUGCUGGGCAUCUUCGGCGGCCUCUGGGGGGCGCUGUUCAUCAGGGCCAACAUCGCCUGGUGCCGGAGACGUAAGACCACCCUCCUGGGCCACUACCCCAUCGUGGAGGUGCUGGUGGUGGCCGGGGUGACGGCGCUGGUCUCCUUCCCCAACAGCUACACCCGCAUGAGUGGAGCGGAGCUCAUCAAGGAGCUCUUCAACGACUGCUCCCUGCUGGACUCCUCCCAGCUCUGUAGAUACAAGCAGGACACCAACGCCACCGCGGGGACCAGUGCGGGCAACGGUCUGGCAGACCGCCCGGCGGACUCGGGUCUCUACACCGCCCUCUGGCAGCUCUCCCUCGCCCUGCUCUUCAAGAUGGGCAUCACCGUGGUCACCUUCGGCAUGAAGGUGCCCUCGGGUCUGUUCAUCCCCAGCAUGGCGGUGGGAGCCAUCGCCGGGCGGCUGCUGGGCGUGGGCAUGGAGCAGCUGGCCUACUACAACCACGACUGGGCCAUCUUCCGGGGCUGGUGCACGCCCGGCGCCGACUGCAUCACGCCGGGCCUCUACGCCAUGGUGGGCGCCGCCGCCUGCCUCGGCGGUGUGACCCGUAUGACGGUGUCCCUGGUGGUCAUCAUGUUCGAGCUGACCGGGGGUCUUGAGUACAUCGUCCCCCUCAUGGCCGCCACCAUGACCAGCAAGUGGGUGGCGGACGCCUUUGGGCGCGAGGGCAUCUACGAGGCCCACAUCCGGCUCAACGGCUACCCCUUCCUGGAGCCCAAGGAGGAGUUUGAGCACAAGAGCCUGGCGGUGGACGUGAUGCGGCCCCGGAGGGCGGACCCCGCCCUGGCCGUGCUCACCCAGGAGGGCAUGACCGUGGAGGAGGCCGAGGCUCUGGUGGCCAGCACCCGCUACAGUGGGUUUCCCGUGGUGGUCUCCCAGGAGUCCCAGCGGCUGGUGGGCUUCGUCCUGCGCAGAGACCUCCUCAUCUCCAUCGACAACGCCCGUCAGCGGCAGGAGGGCGUGGUCUCCUCCUCCCAGGUGCUCUUCACGGAGCACCCCCCGGCGCAGGCGGCGGACGCCCCGCCCCCGGUGCGUCUGCGCUCCCUCCUGGACCUGAGCCCCUUCACCGUGGCCGACCACACGCCCAUGGACAUCACCGUGGACAUCUUCCGCAAGCUGGGCCUCAGGCAGUGUCUGGUCACGCACAACGGGAGGUUGCUGGGCAUCAUCACUAAGAAAGACAUUCUGAAGCACAUGGCCCAGAUGGCCAACAGAGACCCCGACUCCAUCCUCUUCAACUGAUCUGCGCCUCCUGUUCCUCCUCCAUCAGCUCCUCAUCCUCCUACUCCUCAAGGGUCUGAGCUGGGUGGUCUUUCUAAGGAGCCGGUUUCUAAGCGGACUCAAAGCAACAAAGAGAUGGACUUUCCACUUUGAAUUUUUUGACAAAUUGGUAAAAUGGACGCAGUCUUUUUCGCUUUUUUUUUGCUAGACGGGAAACUCCCCGAGCUAACCAGGAAGCUGUUUCUCAUUAGUGUGUGUGUGUGUGUGUGUGUGUGUGUGUGUGUGUGUGUGUGUGUGUGUGUGUGUGUGUGUGUGUGUGUGUGUGUGUGUGUGUGUGUGUGUGUGUGUGUGGGGGGACAGCAUGUGGUGUGCUGGUAAUCAUCUGGUCUCCACGACGACGUCAUGUUUGUUUCAUCUGCCGACCAGUGGGACAAUCCAAAGACUGUUUGGAUUACUUUCAGUGGUGAAAGAACGUUUGUCUCUAUAUAUAUAUAUGUGUUAGUCUCUUUUCUGUCUCCCUUUCUUUUUGUCUGUGACUUUUGUCAAAAGGACGUCGGUUUUGACUUGGUUUGAUGGGUGGCCAAUGAAGGAGAAAAGGAAUAUAGAGGGAAGGAGGGGACAAUAAACAAGGGAAGGAAGAGAGGAACAAAGGUGAACAUGAAGAAGAUACUUCCCAAAGAAGGAGAGGAGGGAGGGAACAUACAAUGAGGGAGGAGAGAAGACAAGGAAAUGAGGAGAGGAAACAUAAACUUGGAGGAGGGGGAUUGAAAGGUGUUCUAAAAGGGAGGGCUAGACCUCCAGGCUGCCGUCCUCCCUCCCUCCCUCCCUCCCUCCCUCCCUCCCCGAGUGGACAUGCCCAGACACGACUAUCUCUGCUGGGCAGACGCUUCAACCCCCUCUCCCCCGACUCCACUCCAUCUCUGGUUCUCAGGCUCAGGAGACAAGAGGAUCCUACAACACACACACUUACACUCCUAAACUAACCUUUGUGCAAACCUACACACACACACACACACACACACACACACACACACACACACACACACACACACGGUAAAGACUAUUUGACAGCCUGGGAACUAUGCAGGAAACAAAGAAUGUCUCUUCCCUGAGCUCUGCAAUAUGACACACACAUUCUCACUCACACACACACACUCACACUCACACACACACAUUCUCACACACACACAUUCUCACACACACGCAUUCUCACACACACACAUUCUCACACACACACACGCUUUGAAGGGCUAACCACACUUAAAUUAUCUAAAUGUAAAGAAAUUGUUCUGUGUAUGUUCCACUAAAUUAUUCCACUGAAUGCCGCUGUGGGUUGUGUCUCUGUGUCUGGGUGUGUGGUGUUUGGGAUCGGGGGCUCUCUGUCAAGACGGGGUCCUGGCCGGUUGAGAGGGAGGUGAGUGGGCGUGACGAAUACUGCCAGAUUUCAGUGAUUGUCUUCGCCGGGAAGACUCAUAUUUUGUGUUUUUCCUCUUUCCAGGAUAUUUGAAAUACUCCCUCCUCAUGUUGGGAUGAACGUUUAAAACUAUUGAAGGAGUUUUGACCAUUAUGAAGAUGGAGAAAGAGGACCUUUUUAUGGACUCAAGUCGUGAAAUGCAUUGUGAUUCACAAGUACCCUGCAAGUGAUGAAUAAAUAACUUAAAACGACCUGUAA